AUGUCAGAAACUUCCUCAAGCAACUCUGGUUUAGUCACCUCUGGCCAGAGAGUCCUCCAACUUGCCAUCCGUGGAGAAUGGAUUGCGCUUGAACAGACGAUCAAAGGACUAGAGAAGGGAGACCCAGAAAUCUCCCACUUCGACGAGGAGUCUGGCCUGAGUCUGCUGAUGGUUGUGGUCAGGGAGAACCGCCUGACCAUUGUGGAGAAGCUACUGGAGCUGGGAGUGAGUCUCAAUGAACAGACAAAGGACAGGAGGACUGCGCUGCACGUGGCCGCCGCCCAUUCCAAGGACGAGAUCGUGAGGCUGCUGGCGAAGCGAGGGGACCCCAACACGCCGGGAGGGGACAAAGAUCAGCUGCCCCUGCACUUCGCCGCCUCGCGACCGACCGGCGCUCUCAGCACUGUCCAGACCCUGCUCAAGUUCUCCAGCAAAGAGGCCCGCCUUGUACAGGACAAGGAUGGCUGUGUGCCACUGCUUCGAGCUGUUGAAGCCGGGAAUGUUGGAAUCGUUAAGGAGCUCCUUGGAGCCUUGACAGAGCCUCAGCUCAAAGCCCAGAGAAAGGGCACAGGAGACUCUGCCCUUCACAUCUGCUGCCGGAGAAAAGACAUGGAGAUGGCUAAAGUCCUGGUGGAGUUUGGGGCCAACAUCGACAUCCAGAACGAUGAGGGACAGACGCCCCUUCAUGUGGCCGCCUGGGAGGGGGAUGAACUUAUGCUGAAAUUUUUCUACCAGUGCAAGGCCAACCCCAACAUCAUAGACAAGAUGGACAGGUCCCCUCUGCACAUCGCAGCAGAGAGAGGGCACACCAAUGUGGUGGAAGUCCUCACGGAAAAAUUCAAGUCCAACGUGCUGGCACGGACGAAGGACGGCAGCACUCUGAUGCACAUCGCCUCCCAGUGCGGCCAUCCCGACACCGCCCUGGCCUUCCUGAAGAGAGGUGUGCUCCUGCACAUGCCAAACAAGUCAGGCGCGGUCUGCCUCCAUGCGGCGGCGAAGCAAGGCCACGUGGCUGUAGUGAAGGCUCUGCUCCUGAAGGGGGCGCAUGUGGACGCCACCACCAAGGAUCGCCGCACGGCACUCCACAUCGCAGUGGAGAGCUGCAAGCCCUUGGUGGUGCAGACACUGCUGGGGUUCGGGGCACAGGUCCAGCUCAAAGGGGGAGAGGCCAUGGAGACCCCGUUGCACAUCGCCGCCAGGGUGAAGGAGGGUGAGAAGGUGGCGGAGAUGUUGCUGAAGAGUGGGGCAGAGGUUAACGCCGAGCAGGAGAACGGUGAGACGGCCAUGCACAUUGCCGCGCGUCACGGCAGGCUGCAGAUGGUGAGGGCGCUGAUGGAAGAAGGCGGGGACCUCACCUGCCUUUCCAAGGCUGGGGAGAACCCUCUGCAUGUUGCUGUGCGCCACUGCCAUGCCCAUGUAGUGCGGGAGAUUCUCACAUACCUGUCUAGGGGGAGGGGCCGCAGGGAGGCGGAGCUGUGUGUCAGCCAGGAGAACCAGGAGGGAGAGACUUCCCUGCACCUCGCAGCAGGGCUCAGGACAGAUGACAUCCACUGCGACGGAGAGGACGUCAGCAUCAUCCGGACUCUCAUGGAGUACAACGCUGACGUCACCGCGGCAACCAAAGAGUCAGGAGAGACCCCCCUGCAUUACUGCUCCAGAGUGGGAAACACUGCUGCCCUGCAGGAGAUGCUGAACAGUGUUAACCCCACCCAUCUGCAGCAGGCUGUCAACAAGCAUGCUAAGAACGGCUGGUCACCCUUGCUGCUGGCAGCAGAGAGGGGACACACGGAGGUGGUGAAGAUCCUGCUGCAGAACCAUGCCAGGGUGGACGUGUUCGACGAGCAUGGCAAGGCUGCCCUCCACCUGGCCGCCGAGCACGGGAACGAGGAGAUUGCUGAUGUCCUGCUGUCCCACAAGGCCUUUGUUAAUGCCAAGACCAAGCUGGGCAUGACCCCGCUGCACCUGGCAGCCCAGAGUGGCUCCACACGCCUGGUGAGGCAGCUGGUGGAGACACACCUGGCCAGCGUCGACGCCCUCUCUCUGAGUAAGCAGACACCUCUGCAUUUGGCUGCCAUCGGUGGACAGCUGGAGGUGUGUAGCAGUCUUCUGGACAUGGGGGCUGACAUCAACGCCUCUGACAUUCAUGGUCAGACCCCCCUACACCUUGCAGCAGAGAAUGACCACUCGGAGGUGGUAAAGCUCUUUCUGAAGCAGCGGCCGGAGCUGGCCACGCUGGCCAACGUGGAGGGAGCCACCUGUGCCCACAUCGCCGCCUCCAAGGGGAGUGUGGCCGUCAUCAAGGAGCUGCUCAAGUUCAACAAGGGCGGCAUGACGUCUGCACACAACAAGACUGACAGCUCCUGUCCGCUGCACCUGGCAGCCGCCGGCGGGCACACAGAGGUGGUGAAGGUGCUGCUGGAGGCCGGCGCAUCAGCAAGCGAGGAGAAUGCGGAGGGGAUGACAGCCAUUCAUUUAGCAGCCAGAAAUGGACACACACACAUGCUGGAUGUACUGAAAGGCAGCAUCUCCUUCAAGAUCAGCAGCACAAAGACUGGCCUCACUGCACUCCACGUGGCAGCGUGUUUUGGGCAGGUGGACUUUGUGCGGGAGAUCCUUACUGAAGUGCCUGCUACUCUGCGCAGUGAGGCUCCCAGUAGCAGUGCCUGGGAGGCCAUGCCAGGCCACCAGCUGCCCCCAGAGUCAGGAUACACUCCUCUGCACCUUGCUGCACAGUCAGGCCAUGAGGGCGUGGUGCGACUGCUGCUGAACUGUCCCGCCGUGCAGGCCGACGCAGAGACCGAAGCGCAGGGCUCCACCCCCCUCCACCUGGCAGCGGAGAAUGGGCACACAACCGUGGUUGGGCUGCUCCUGAGCCGCUCCAGUGCCCUCCUGCACCUGGGGGACUGGCGCGGACGUACCUGCCUGCACCUGGCUGCCGCCAAUGGCCACAUCGCCAUGGUGAGGGCACUCCUGGGCCAGGGGGCGGAGAUCAACCACACUGACAAGGCGGUGUGGACGCCCCUGCACUACGCGGCCAAGGCGGGCCGUCUGGAGAUGGUGCGAUUCCUGGUGGACAGCGGUGCAUCGGCGCGGGUGGAGAGCCAGGAGGGCCGCACACCCAUCCAGUACGCCGCUGAGGAGAACCACCAGGCCACCGUCAGCUUCCUGCUGCGCCGCAGCAACAACACACAGCGGCUGCUGGAGGACAGGAAGUUCAUCUUUGACCUGAUGGUGUGCGGGAGACUGAACCACAAUGCUGUGAUCGAGGAGUUCAUGCUACAUUCGGCCGCACCCCUGGACACAGCAGUCAAGCUGUCACGAGCAUUCUCCCUGGCCGCCCUGCGCGAGAAGGUGCGCUCCAUGGACCUGCUGAAUGCCGCCCGCUACUGCGAGGGUGUGGCCACCGACCUGCUGACCGUGGCCUCGGGCGGCAAGAGCGCCGGCGCCAUCCUGCGGGCGCUGGACCACCGCGGUGCCAGCAUGCUGGACUGCCUGAUCGAGGGCCAGCAGAAGGCAGUGGUGGCACACCCGGCCGUGCAGAAGCACCUGACAGACAUGUGGUAUGGCAGCCUGCGCUGGGCCUCCUGGAAGAUGGCGCUGCUGUUCCUGUGCCUCUUGGCCUGCCCCCCCGUCUGGCUGGGCCUCUCCCUGCCCCUCCGGCACAAGCUCAACACCGUCCCUAUCGUCAAGUUCAUGAGCCACCUGGUGUCCCACAUCUUCCUCCUGGCCCUCUUCAUCCUCACCAUCGUCUACCCGCCGCUGAACCCCAUCUGCCUGGGGCCGCUGCUGCCGGGCUGGAGCGAGUGGCUGCUGCUGGUCUGGCUGUCAGGGAUGCUGGUCUCCGAGCUGACUCAGCCGGGGACGAGGUCUGGGGGCCUGGCUUGGAUCCGCGUGCUGGUGCUGGCUUUCUCAGCGGUGGCCUUCUGCUGCCACCUGCUAGCCCUCUGCUUCCAGCCGCCGGGGCACCUGCACUGCCUGUUUGCCCGCAACGUCCUGCUGGCCGUGGCCAUGACCCUGAGCUUUGUGCAGCUGCUGGAGUUCCUCACCUUCCACCACCUGUUCGGGCCCUGGGCCAUCAUCAUCCGCGACCUGAUGAAGGACCUGGGCCGCUUCGCCGUCAUCCUGGUGCUCUUCCAUGUGGCCUUCACCAUGAAUCUGUCAGCCAUCUACCAGCCGGUGUACCCACUGGACUUCCCCACCGCGCUCAACAGCACCGAGGCACAGACGCCGCUGGACAUCUCCAUCCAGCUCUUCUUCGCCCUCUUCGGCCUCAUCGAACCUGACUCCAUGCCACCGUUGGGCCGGUCGCCGCCGUUCGCUGGUGCGGCCGCGCGCGUGGUGUUCGGGGUCUACCUGGUGGUGACAGUGAUCGUGCUGGUGAACCUGCUGAUUGCCAUGAUGAGCGACACCUACCAGCGCAUUCAGGCGCAGUCUGACACCGAAUGGAAGUUUGGCAGGGCUGUUCUCAUCAGGGACAUGAACCGCAAGUCGGGAACCCCCUCCCCCUUCAACCUCUUCACCAACCUCUUCUUCUACGUCAAGGUGCUCUGCAAGCACGGAGGGAAGAUCUGCUCGUCAGAGGCCCGGGACCUGAUGUCAGAGGAGGAGGACAUGGAUGGGCUGUCGGACACGCGCUCCCUGGAUGUGCUGGCGCACUGUUCUGCAGGCUGGAUGAGGGGCAACAAGAGGACCCAGAUCCUCCCUGAAGGUGGCUUUGCCCGGUCCUCCAGACAGAGUGGGCAGGUGCACGUGGAACAGGUAACCGACUGGCAAGCGGUAGCCCAGCGCUACCUGACACUACGGGGCCGAAGUGACGGGACCCUGGUGGGGAGGGACCCCACUCCCCACGAGGAGCUGAACGUCAGAACACAGGCCGCCGGCACCCUGCCUGACAGGGUCUCUUAACCGGGAGGGUGUUGGGUCCAACACCACUCACCCCCCCAAGCCCGGUUCAGCUGAACAUGGCUUCAUUACCAUGACCUGAGAGACAAAUGUGUCUGGCAGUGACGCUUACAGUUACUUUGCCGUUCUUUGAAGGCCAGGAGUUGGUGUUUUAUGGCCAUGAGGGGAAAACCUUUGACUCAGUUUUGUCAUUCACUGACUGCUUUUUUGGCUGGCAGUGCCUUGGCAUACUUUGUUAAGGUUCACAGAUGAUGUUUUAGAGGGUUGGAAUGUUACAGAGCCAAAAUGGAGGCAUUUCACACAAGUAACAGUGCAAUGCAUCUAAUGAAUAUACACUGCCUGUCAGACCUCCACACAGGAAAGGGAGGCUGACUUUGACAAGGUAUUCCAUGUCAGGAUACUGAAUACUCAGUUCUGGAUGAAAUGUACUGUAUCCUCUGCCAUUGCUCGUAAUGAUGUUGUUUGAUUGGAAAAUGAGUCUUCACGUACGCUGUAAUGAGUGGAGCUUCAGUGUGUUGUCAUUCCUGAUUUGUUUGAACUAAUCAAAAGCCUGCUCUCCACAGCAAAGUGGAGCAUGAUAGCUCCACCCAUUUUAGGAUUCACAAAGCCUCACUCUCCCAUCAACAGCAUUAUAUGACCUGCAGU